CGGGACCGAGCUGGGCCGAGCGGAGCUGAGCGGGACCGAGCUGGGCCGACGGGAGCCGAAUGCAGCGAGCGGCAGCGCGGGUGCUGCGCGGGGCGCGGACCCCCCCUGCGCGGGCACGCUCGGGCACGGCGCGGGGCCCCGUCCUGGGGCUGGUGUACGAGCGGCACGGCGAGCCCGAGGGCGUCGUGCAAUUAAAGGACAUAGAGCUGGCCAAGCUGGGGGACUCUGAUGUCCAUGUCAAGAUGUUGGCAGCCCCCAUCAACCCUGCUGACAUCAAUAUGAUCCAGGGGACCUAUCCCACCCUGUCCCCACUGCCAGCAGUAGGAGGGAACGAAGGUGUCGGGGAAGUGCUGGAGGUCGGGCGUCGAGUGGCAGCUCUGAAGCCCGGGGACUGGGUCAUCCCAGCCACCAAUGCCCUCGGGACGUGGAGGACACAGGGAGUGUUCCCAGAGGAGAUGCUGCUGAAGGUGCCCAGCAACAUCCCGGUGCUGUGCGCUGCCACGCUGAGCGUCAACCCCUGCACAGCCUUCCGCAUGCUGGCUGACUUCGAGACCCUGGCACCAGGUGACUCUGUCAUCCAGAACGCUGCCAACAGCGGCGUGGGCCAGGCUGUUAUCCAGAUUGCCAAAGCCUCCGGCAUCAAGACCAUCAAUGUGGUGAGGGACAGACCUGAUCUCCCAAAGCUGGUUGAGAGACUGAUGGCCCUGGGUGCAGACCAUGUCAUCACGGAGGAGAUGCUGAGAAAGCCAGAGAUGAAAGAGAUAUUUAAGAGCAUCCCAAAGCCCAGGCUCGCCCUCAACUGUGUCGGAGGCAAAAGCACCACGGAGAUGCUGCGGCAUCUGCAACCCAAAGGGACCAUGGUCACCUACGGGGGGAUGGCAAAGCAGCCUGUGAUGGUGCCUGUGAGUGCCUUCAUCUUCCGGGACGUGCGGCUCCGCGGCUUCUGGAUGACCCAGUGGAGGAAGGAGCAUGCACAAGACCAGGAGAGCCUGACCACCAUGAUGGACACCUUGUACCAGCUCAUCCAGAGGGGGCAGCUCACUGUGCCAGCCUGCACUGAGGUCCCACUCCAGGACUACAAGGCAGCACUGGAGAAUGCCAUGAAGCCUUUCAUGUCCUCUAAGCAGAUCCUUCUCCUCUGACCUCCAGCUCAUAGGCUGAGCUUUGUGCUGCUCCUCCACAGCCAAACUUCACUGCUUUGCCCACUAAUGAGAUGUUAUGGGGAGGAAGAACCCUCCAGAUCCACUGAUUUUUCUUUAUCUUUAAACUUCUGAGUGCCCUCUUUAAGUUGGCAAAGCCUCUGCAGCUUUGCAUGGAUGGCAGCCUGUGGAAUUGUGUCUGGAGGGAGGCUGCCCUCUCACUUCAAGUGCAAGAGGAAGCUCAGGGAGCUUGGGGACAGCAGCUCACUCUGCUCAGAGUGGCAGAAGAGCCACAGUUCCCCCUUCACUUGUGUGUUUUAGGGGCUGGGGAGGUGCUGUACCUCCACCUCCAGCCUGGCUUAGCAGCUCUCAGUGUUGUUUUGCUGAUUGUAUUGUCCCUCAGGGUGAUUUUUGGCUGCUUUUGGGUGAUUUUGCAGGGUAGCAUGGAGGUGGUCGCUGCCUUUCUCCAUGCUGCCUUUACCCUAUAGUGGAGCAGCCUCAGAGCCACCUCCACGUUCCCCACUCCAAGUUCAGCAGCUGAGUGCCCCUGGACCAAGGGCAUUGAAUUACAGAGGAAAAAAAACCCCCACAAAUUACUUAAAUUUAGGUGUUUUACAUUUAAUUACUUUUUUUCCCCACUUUUCCCUGCCCAGCCCAUUCAGCACUGGCAGGACAGGGCAAGAGUGGUCAUGCAGGCUGAGGCACAAGGGCACAAAGGGGUUCUACAGCCCUUGGCAUCACUUCAUCUCAAAAAUGAGCUCAAAGUGGGAAAGAAAAGGAGAAUUGACAAGUUACCAAAUGUGGUUCAGCACUGCUGCAGCAAUGGGGGCUGUAAGACUCCACUGUUCCUUUAGAGACAGCCCUGGGGUGGUGGCAUUCAAGGUGGAGACAGACAGGUUGGACACGUGUGGCAAGGGAGGUGCUGUUUGCAACACUGGGACUUGAAUUCAGUUAGUUUUUCUGCUGUUCCUGCUACCACUACUGAUUGUGAUGAGAACCUCUUGGAAAUCAAUGUCUAAUAGAAAUAUAUUUUUGUAAGAUGCUGCCAGAAAA